CAAGAGGUUAAUUCGAAAAGGUGCUGUAUCGGCAAAGGAGAUAAAGAAAAUGGGCAUGUUGGCGGAUUUUUUUCUUGGUGCCCCCGACCCAGCGGCUUUGUCAUCGCGGAAGAGUGUGGGGUCGGCGAGAAUCACGAGUUCGUUUCUUGAAACAUUUUUCGACGUUGCGAUUGGGGGAAAGCCGGCGGGACGGAUGACGUUCGAGCUGUUUGACAAGACGGUGCCGAAAACCGCUGAGAACUUUCGGGCACUCUGCACAGGUACAGCUUUUUCUACCAAGUUCUCUUGCAAAAAAAUGUCGUGAAGCAAUUGGUUCUAAGUGUUUACGACCAAAGUAGGAAGGCGGUCACUUUAGCACCGGACCUAAAAAAAUUUCGUGGAUGAUUUUUAGGUCCCUUGUGCCAAAAUAACAGAUUUGGAUAAUUCAGAACUUGCAGAAGAAUCAAUUAUUCUGAACAGGUGAAAAGGGCGUUUCGUCGUACAGUCACCUGCCACUGCACUACAAGGGUUCCAAGUUUCACCGAGUGAUUCCAGGCUUCAUGGUCCAGGGGGGCGAUUUCACGAACGAGGACGGGACGGGCGGCGAGUCCAUCUACGGGCAGAAGUUCGCGGACGAAAACUUCCAACACGUCCACGAGGGCCCCGGAACCCUCUCGAUGGCGAACGCGGGCCCGAACACGAACGGCAGCCAGUUCUUCAUCACCACGGAGCACACCCCCUGGCUGGACGGCCGCCACGUCGUGUUCGGGAAGUUGAAGACCGGGAUGGUAUCAAAUACAAAAAUGUCUGGGUCUGGAAGAGUGGAACUUGUAAUGCUGUCUCUGGAUUCCAAAAAAAUCUGUGUUGCAUGAGUAGCAAAGGGGAUGCAAUUUUUGCUACGCUGAGAAGGCAUUUGUCAUGCGGAAUAGGCAUCAAAAAGCUCUCAAAAAAUCUGUAUUGCUAGGGUAUGCAUCACAGACAUCAUCGCUCAUGCGAAACGUGCAUGACAGCUGUCAGAAUCUUCCAGACCCAGACAUUUUUACAGUUGAUAGAUGGACGUGCUCCGCAAAAUCGAGGGCAUGGGGUCCGACAGCGGCGAGCCGCAGGACGAGUUGACAAUCACGGACUCUGGGGAGCUCGGCGUCUCCAAAGCAUCCAGCAACAAGGACGCGCUCAGCAGCUUUCUCGAGGUAGAAGUAGGUCGUGCUGCGUCUUCACCGGGAGGAGCCACUGAUGCAUCAAUAAUUGCUCCUCCUCGCCUCAAGCGCACAGAUGAUUUACGUAUCAACAGUUUUCAAACAAGCCGCGGAAAGACCUCGUUCAAUAGCGUCGCGGUCACUUCUCAGCCAGACCACGCGCAGCUGCACCCUGUUGCGGCUAGUACUGCUUCCCUUCUUGCGAUCGACACCAAAGCGAAAACUUCACUUUCCAGGUCAACCUCGCCUGAAGGUCUGUUGCAGAAGAUAUCGGGACGUCCGGAGUUGUGUAGUUUCGAUUCAGGAGGUGCUGCACAGGUGAACUGCCGCCGUAAGGAGCGACAGCACACAAGAAGAGCCUUUUCUUCGUUUCUUGUCGGAGAUAGAAGAAAGACCAGAACUGCUUUUUUGUUUAGCCUGCCUGACUGGCUUACGGGCGACGUAAAACUCACGCCACACCGAUAUCCUCAACUACCGAAGCCGUACUUUGUGGACAGUCACGAACGUGUUUGGCCCCCGCCUGAUGACGACAUCGAGCCAAAGCCGCCGGAGCAGGAGGGGGACGACUUUAUCGGUAUCGACAUGGGUCUCCGCGAUUUUCGAAACUAA